AUGUCAAGUCACCAACUAUCAAUUACUCCAAUGACUACAAUUGCCAUCUUUACUAAAAACGUUUUGCUUGCCAUUGCUUUUGCUUUGUUUGCCCAAGGUGCUGCUAUUCCAGACCCCGCUAAAAGAGAUGAUAACCCUGGUUUUGUUGCUUUGGAUUUUGAAGUUACAAGAAAGCCUCUCGAUGUGAAUGCUACUUCAGAACUUUCUAAAAGAUCUUCUCCAUCAUCACCAUUGUACUUUGAGGGACCUUCAUAUGGUAUUCGUGUUUCAGUUGGUUCCAACAAACAAGAACAACAAGUGGUUCUUGACACCGGUUCUAGUGACUUUUGGGUCGUUGAUUCCUCUGCAUCUUGUCAAAAAGGUAAUUGUAAGCAAUAUGGAACUUUUGACCCACAUAGCUCAACCUCAUUCAAGUCAUUAGGCUCCAGUUUCAGCAUUGGUUAUGGGGACAAGAGUUCUUCGAUUGGAACUUGGGGGCAAGAUACAAUUUAUCUUGGUGGUACUUCCAUUACCAAUCAACGCUUUGCUGAUGUUACCAGCACCUCGGUCAAUCAAGGAAUAUUAGGUGUUGGACGUGUGGAAACUGAGAGUGCAAAUCCCCCAUAUGACAACGUCCCUAUCACUUUGAAAAAGCAAGGAAAAAUCAAGACCAAUGCUUACUCAUUGUAUUUGAACUCACCAGGUGCAGCUACUGGUACGAUUAUUUUUGGUGGUGUUGAUAAUGCCAAGUAUUCUGGAAAACUCAUUGAGGAGCCAUUGGUUCUGGACCGAUACUUGGCUGUAAACUUGAAAUCCCUUAACUACAAUGGCGAUAACUCCAACGCGGGUUUUGGUGUUGUUGUGGAUUCCGGAACCACAAUUAGUUACUUGCCUGACAGCAUCGUUGACGAUCUCGCCAACAAGGUUGGUGCAUACUUGGAGCCAGUUGGUUUGGGAAACGAGCUUUACUUUAUUGAUUGUAAUGCCAAUCCUCAAGGUAGUGCUUCUUUCACCUUCGACAAUGGUGCUAAGAUUACUGUUCCAUUAUCUGAAUUUGUCCUUCAAAGUACUGCCAAUGCUUGCGUCUGGGGUUUACAAAGUUCCGAUAGACAAAAUGUUCCUCCAAUCUUGGGUGAUAAUUUUUUGAGACACGCUUAUGUCGUUUUCAAUUUGGAUAAAGAGACCGUUUCUCUCGCUCAGGUGAAGUACACUUCUGCCUCAAGUGUUUCAGCAAUUUAG